GAACGCUUUUAUUUUGCUUGUAGCAAAGUCACCGACGCAUUCAAUUCAAUAUGAAUCCCAAGUUCUGGCUCUCAGUUGCGUUCCUGAUGUCCCGAAUCGGUGUAUUUCAAGCUGCUCUCCAAUGCCAAGCAACGGAAUACUCCAUUGGAGGAAUGUUCCUCAAGGGCCACACGUUUAAAACAAGCAAGGUUGGAUGGCCUGCAGGGUGCUAUUUGAUGUGCGAAGAAGAAGUUACGUGUCAAAGCUACAAUUUCGUUAUUGGUCAUAAAGUUUGCGAACUGAACAAUCGAACUAAAGAAGCGAGACCUGAAGAUUUUAGGCCGGAUCAGACAAGGUUCUACAUGAAAAGGGCAAAAAACAGAGUCCCUCUUGGUUCCAUCCAAGAGUUUCCUGCUGAAUCGUGCAGUGAGAUCAAGGCCAGUGAAGGAAAUGAGAUGGUUAACGGGAAUUACUGGAUAUACUCUGAUGGAAAUGCUCAGACAAUCCUGGCUCGCUGUGAAGAGAACUGGCAGAAAUUAAACACAGAACCCGUUUGUUUUGGGGCGCGAGAAGGCUCGUAUGGUGCCUUUAACAUCACAAAGAGUGGAUUUCUCAAGACAAUGAAGCUCGUCCGCAAGUCGGGCUCGAUCAAAUGCAACCCAAUAGACAAGGCAUCCUACUGGGGCUGCAGAUAUGAACCCCUAUAUGGCAAAAACGGUUUACUGACUAUCAUUACCAAUGCAAAGAGAGAAGCCAUCCUGCCACCUGCUGGAGACCUGAAAGCCGGGUGUAACGACGAAAAACACUUUUACAGUCUUAAUGGAACUAACCACACAUCUCCAGAGCUCGUUUUCCCGGACCUUCCUAACAAGCUGCCUGUGUCACGCAAUCAGGAGUUGCAGAUAUGGUACGGACAGGAUUGGAUCGAUUGUAGUGAAGAUGGCAACAGUAACGCAACAUGUGUUGAUGUGUAUGCGUGGUAUGCUUUAACAUGAGCCUCUGACUUAUCCGAAGCAGUAAGUGUUUAUAGACACUGAAAAAUUAACGUAAACGCCGCUCAUAUUUAUCUUCUCUUGUAUUGAAUCUUGUAACUUAGCGCACAAAUGCAGGAAGACAUUCACGGAAUAAAAUGCUAAGAAUAGUGGAAAUAUGAAAGUAGCGUCGAGCAAUUACCAAGACGACGAAGCAUUGUAUGUACUAUACUAUUUUUACCUGGCUGUAAGGGCUAAUGUAGUAAUUACACAUCUAGGCUCUCACGAAAGUUUUUGAAGCUCCACUUCUUCUCCAACAGCAGUCUCAUUCCAAACUACAGUACAUGUAUCAAACAUGAAGUAUAAAUAUCAAUAGUUAUCGGAAUGUAUAUUAAUUAGUUUAUAUAUGUGCAUUCUUUGUAUUAAAAUUUACUAUUCUUGCUGUUAAAAAUAUUAAAAAAAGAUGUUGAAUGUUUAUAGUGGUCGACGCGCUUAACUACAACUAGCCACAGUUCUCAGGCAUGCCACUUAAGGAGAAGCACAUUUUUUCCAAAACUUUCUUUUUUUAUCCAUAAUUCUGUCCAACUGACCUAUCUAAGUCUCUAACGAGCAACAUUUGGGCCGGUAAAUGAUCUUAUGCAUUUUAGCUUAACCAUAACAGGCUUAAAAAUCCCAACAGGCGGAAGGCACUCCAGUUGGCUAUUUACAAGCAUAACAGAGGAGUUGAACUAGGGUCUGUGGGGAAGCAACUCCAGCUUUAAUAGUGAUCAGAGCGAGACUUGAGCCCGCGACCUCCGGAUUUCAAGUCCAGCGCCCUACCAACUCGGCCACGCUGCCUCCAGAGCUUUUAACUUUUGUCAGGCCACGCUAUGUGACGUGUUACAAUCAUUUCCGGUAAGAUGCCUUGUCUCCAGGUUGAAGUUCAUUUUCGUGGACAGGUCUGCUUUCCUGUAAUGCAUGUACCAUAGUUAAAGUUUUUGCAUGAGCACUGACUUCGUUCAGGCUCUAAUACUGGUCUCCUUCACCAUUUGCAAAUCUUGACUGGCAGUUCUAAAGGGUUUAACAUAACCCGCCUCCUAGCUCAAG